GGCUUGGCAAGGCUCUAAACACGAAAGCUCCCGGCAGCCUGCUCAAGCUUCCUUUUACAUACCUAGGUACCUAACCUAUUGAAUCCACUAUCAACGACGCAGCACAUCUGCUACCAAACCACAACUUCUCUUUAAACAUCUUGACCUAAAGGAGUUGACGACCGCUAAGAAUCACAAACCCGAAAUAACGAAAAUAAAAGUCUAUUAAUAAUCUUCCACCGGCAAGAUGUCAAUGCGCAUAGUCCCCCCCUCCGCCCACACCAGCACCUACAAAUCAACCAACACAUCCGCCCCGUCCGCCCCCGGCGUCCACGACACGCUCCGCCACGGCAUCGGCCCAAACGCUUUGUCCGCAGAGUCCCCUGCCGCGCCCGUCUCGCGCCACCCGCUCGAAGCCCGCCUCAAGGCCUGGGAGUCGACGCAGGAGGCCCUGCGCAUGGAGAGCUUGCGCCGCACCUUUGGCAUGGCGGAGCCCAUCCGCCGCGGCAUGGAGCUCAAGAUCACCCGCGACGGCGAGUGGCGGCCGCUGGCUCUCGGCGGCGGUGCCGGCAUUAAGAGCGUCCAUGAAGAUAUCCUGCGCGGCCGCGAGGCUACGCUCGACUGGGAGGAUGUGUUUACUGGUGAGGAGCAGCGAGCUGCUGUGACUAUGCACGAGGAGAUGGAGCGGAAAUUGAAGAUUUAGGUAGACGGUCUGAUGUAGCAUCUUGGCAAUUAGCACAGACGGUUGGUGUUGCGUGGCAGACACUCCGACUACAUUAGUAGCUGCCUCGAGUUUAUGGACAUGAGUUGGAGCAUGCUUCCUACUACGUACGAUGCCGGCGUAUGUUAUGAAAUAGACAAUCUAUGGGCAUUCAACCCUGGAAAACCUUCACAAGAUAGUCAUGACCUAACGCAAUGAUAUAACAGCUAUAUGACUACAAUAGAUCCAUAUUAACGUAUAGA